GCCGUCCGCUUCACUCUGUUCUUAUCACGAGUCGCUCUUCCUCUGUAUUUCAAAGUUUUCGCAUUUUGUGUGGAGGUUACGCGCUUCCUGUUUGUUGUUCCGAGAUGGCGAAUGCAGUCAACUUCUUCGAGUUGAACACCGGAGCCAAGAUUCCGUCCGUCGGCUUGGGAACAUGGCAGGCUGAACCUGGCCUCGUUGGCGCUGCCGUUGCCGCUGCCGUAAAGAUCGGGUACCGCCAUAUCGACUGCGCUCAAAUAUAUAGAAACGAAAAGGAGAUCGGUAUGGUUUUGAAGAAGCUGUUUGAAGAUGGUGUGGUAAAACGUGAGGAGCUAUUUAUCACCUCCAAACUCUGGUGUUCUGAUCAUGCACCAGAAGAUGUGUCGGAAGCACUAGACCGAACUUUGAAGGAUCUUCAGCUUGACUAUGUUGAUUUAUACCUUAUCCACUGGCCAGCUCGGUUUAAGAAAGGGUCAAUCGGUUUUGGUCCUGAGAACUUUCUUGAGCUGGACCUACCUAGCACAUGGAAAGCAAUGGAAGAACUCUAUGACUCUGGUAAAGCUCGGGCUAUUGGUGUUAGUAACUUCUCUUCAAAGAAAUUGGGGGAUCUGCUGCAGGUGGCACGCGUUCCUCCGGCCGUCAACCAGGUUGAGUGUCAUCCUUCAUGGCAACAGAGUAAGCUACGUGAAUUUUGCAAAUCCAAGGGAGUGCACUUAACGGGUUAUUCACCGCUGGGUUCUCCGGGCACAACAUGGCUCAAGAGUGAUGUUCUUAAGCAUCCAAUUCUAAAUAUGGUUGCACAGAAAUUAGGCAAAACUGCUGCACAAGUUGCUCUCCGCUGGGGCCUGCAAAUGGGCCAUAGCGUGCUUCCAAAGAGCACGCAUGAGGAGUGGAUCAAGGAGAACUUUGAUGUCUUUGCUUGGUCUAUUCCCGAUGAGUUAUUUGCCAAGUUUUCCGAAAUUGAACAGGCUCGACUGAUCAGGGGAAAUACAUUUAUCCAUGAGAUUCCCGGUGCAUACAAGACCGUCGAAGAACUUUGGGAUGGUGAGAUUUGAGUGACGAUACAAUACAGGAGAAAUGGAGCAGAAGCAGAUAGAUCAAAGAGGAAAAGAGAAACUAAAAACACACACACACACACACAGAAGGGGUGUUUUUAGUAUUAUUUUUUUAAUUGUCUAUUAUUUGUAUGAAUAUCAGCAAAUUAUGGCCGGUCGAUGCCCCAUUUGCCCAUCUGUUCUCGACAACUAUAAAAACAGUAAUAAUCAUUAAGUUA